CUUUUUAGACCAUAUCAAUUAUUAAGAUUACAAGCUAAGAUUAGUCUUCUUGUAAUUCUCAUCAAUACCUUCUCUACUACUGUAUUCAUCCAUUCAUUUCAGUACUAUAAAUUUAGACCGCCUUUACGGAAUACACAACCUCCUCAUAUAUGUUAUCACUCUCUUAGUAAACACUUCAAUUUCCUUAAAAAAAAUAAAUGGAAAAGUCUAAACUUCAUGAUUGGCAUGUUCACAAAGUAAGUGCAUUCCUUAACAGAAGUUAUGCUUUCUUACAUAUUGUGGCCACUGCACCAAUUUUCUACUUAAGAGUUGCUUAUUUGUAUGAUCAUACAAAUAAAAACCGCGAUUUAUAUAAUGUGGUGCCUUUGCUCCCAUGGCUCCUGAUAUUUGCUGCUGAAAUCCUUUUCUUUUUCUCAUGGAUCUUUAAGCAAUCCUACUACUGGUGUCCUCUCUCUAGGACCGCCCUUCCUGAGAAUCUGCCUGUGGAUGAACAACUGCCCAAAAUCGACGUGUUUGUAUGCACUGUUGAUCCUGUCAAAGAGCCUACACUUGAUGUUAUGAAUACAGUUAUAUCUGCUAUGUCAUUGGAUUAUCCUGCUCAUAAAUUGAGUGUUUAUGUAUCUGAUGAUGGAGGUGCUUCUGUCACUUUGGAUGCUAUGAAACAUGCUUGGGUCUUUGCCACGUGGUGGUUACCGUUUUGUAAGAGAUAUAAUGUUCUACCAAUUUCUCCUAAAGCUUUUUUCCAACAACAUUUCCAACCACAAUCUCAAAACACUCGUUUUAUUCAAGAUUUUAAGCUACUUAAGGAGAAAUAUGAGGAAUUCGAGGAACGAGUGUGCAGCUGGAAGGAAAGACCAGGUGAUGUUAAUGAUAACAAAGCUAAGGGAAGUGCUAAAGAUCAUUCACCAAUUAUUCAGGUGAUAAAUGAGAGUUUUGUAGGAGAUGAUGACAAUGUUGCAACAACAAACCCGGAAAACAUUAAUAAAAUGCCCUUCCUUGUGUAUGUAGCUCGUGAGAAACGACCUUCUCAUCACCAUCACUUCAAGUCCGGAGCUCUUAAUGUUCUGCAAAGGGUUUCAAGCAUAUUGAGCAAUGCUCCUUACAUACUGGUCCUAGACUGUGACAUGUACUGCAACGAUUCAAAUUCAGCUCGGCAAGCUAUGUGUUUUUACCUCGAUCCUAAGAUAAAUCAGUCAAUAGCUUGGGUUCAAUUCCCUCAGAAAUUCCAUAAUGUUAAUGAAAAAGACGUUUAUGAUGGUCAGAUGAGAGCAACAUGGCCGAUAAUCUAUCCAGGAACUGAUGGACUUCAAGGACCACUACUAUCUGGUACUAAUUUCUACAUCAACAGGAAGGCCUUGUAUGCCUUUGACAUCUCUGCAGCUGGUAAUGAUGACAUAAAUGAGCUCAGACAUACUUUUGGUUCUUCAAAUCUGCUCAUCAAAUCAGUUAGGCAAAUUGAUGAGCCUAAUCAUCCCAAUAAGUUUUCCUCUGAUUAUCUACAAGAGGCUCAUUUCUUAGCUUCUUGUGUCUAUGAAGAGGACACGCUUUGGGGUGAAAAGGUUGGUUUUCGAUAUGACUCAGUGGUGGAAGAUGUGAUGACGGGUUACAUAUUGCAUAGCAAAGGGUGGAAGUCAGUUUACUUAAAUCCACCAAGUCCACAGUUCUUAGGUUCUGCCACUACUAAUCUCAAUGAAACAAUAAUUCAACAUUCGCGAUGGACUGCAGGCCUUCUUCAACUUGGUCUAUCCAAGUAUUGCCCUCUUUUUAACACUUCAACCAGAAUGCCAAUCCUUCAGAAGUUGGUUUAUUCCUGGAUUGUCUAUUAUCCUUUCGAUUUUCUGCCAAAUUCGUGUUUUGCUAUCAUUCAACCACUUUGUCUCUUCUAUGGCAUCCCUUUGUACCCCAAGGUUUCAGACCCAUUUUUCAUACCAUUUGCCUUUGUAUUUAUAUCAUCACAUUUGAAGCCUUUAUAUGAGGCUUUUUUAUGUGGAGGGUCAAUAAAUUCAUGGCUGAACGCGCAAAGGUUUUUGGUAAUAAAGAACCUUACAUCUUAUGUUUACGGUACUCUAGACUGUGUUAUGGGAAAGCUGGGGCUUAGGGAGACAAUCUUUAUGCUUACCAAUAAAGUCGGAGAUGAUGAUACAAGUAAAUGGUACCUAAAUGGGAAGUAUGACUUCAGAACAUCGAACAUGUUUCUUGUUCCAAUUGUUACAGCAGUUAACCUGAAUCUUUCCUCCUUUGUUGUUGGAGUUACAAGAGCAAUAGUCACUCAGAGUUGGGAUACAUUGUUUGCUCAAGCAUUCUUCUCAUUUUACAUGUUCAUCAUUAGUCUUCCUGUGAUUGAGGGCAUGCUGUUAAGGAAGGACAAAGCACGUAUUCCUCUUUCGACUACUUUGAAAUCAACUCUAUUGUCUUGGUUCGUCUUAAGUUUAGGAUACUUGAUCGUUGUAAGGCGUUAAUGCAAAGGGUUCACCCAAAUGCAGCCAUAUACAUGAUGCCUUGUUUUUAUUUUCGUAAGUCUUUUUCUUUUUGUCCGGUGUUAGAACUUCAAAGAAGAUGAUCAGAUACACUCUUUGCUUCCAUCUCAAAUUUCCAAUUUACUUUAACGUUCAAUUUA